AUGAUGCCCGGGGCGAUGAGCAACGUGCUGCAGCGGUGCCCCCCCUUGGGCUCCCCUCACCCCCCUGCGGGGCAGGGCCAGGGAGCCCCGGACUCCCCCGCCGAUCCAGAGGGCGCAGACUGGCAGGACUUGGCCAACGCCCGGGCGGGCUCGCUGCUGUCCCUGCUCUACCUCGUGCUGCUCACCUUCCUGGGCAGCGCCGUCCUGCUGGCCGAGAUUCACCAGCGCAGCCCCCAGAGCCGCAACGUCCACGGCUUCCUGGCCACGCUCAUGCUCACGUCCUGCGCGUGGAUGCUGUGGUUCGGCUGGCGCUCCUCCCAGAACAAGCGCCGGAAGCUGCACCAGGACCACCACGCCGGCGCCAGCUGGCUGAAAGGCGGGCUCUCGCUCUUCGCCCUGGCCACGCUGGUGCUGGAUUGCCUGUCCUUGGGGUAUUACUACGAGCUGCAGCACUGCACCUCCGUCCUCAUCACCGCCUUCCCCGUCGUGCAAGCCGUCUUCACCAUCAUCCAGGUGUCUCUGCUGUCCUUCCACGCCAAGGUCUGCAUCCAGGAGCAGCAGCAUCUCAACAGGUUUGGCCUGAUGCACACGCUGGCCACCAAUGUGCUGAUGUGGAUGAGCGUGGUGCUGGACGAGUCCAUGAAGCAGCUGCAGGAGAUCUACGAUGCCCACGAGACGGAGAGCCCCUGGCCCGUGCAUGGGAGUUCGCCCACCAACAGCUGCUCGUGCGCCACCAGCCUGUGUCACAUCUUCUCCGAGGGCGCCGCCUACCUGCACCCCUUCAACAUCGAGUUCAGCCUCUUCUCCUCCACCAUGCUCUACGUGGUGUGGAAGAACACGGGGCAGGCGGCCUGCCCCCGGCAGCCCCGCCCGCGCCCCCGGGGCCGCUUCCACCUCAGCGGGGCCUUCGUGGGGCUGGUGCUGGGGGCGCUGGCCAUCUCGGCCACCUUCGGGGUGAUGAUCUCCUUUGGGGUGCUGGCCAAGGCCCCCGAGACGGUCCCCGAGGCCCUGCGGACCUACUACAUCUUCAACUCGGUGCUGCUCUCCGCCAUGUUCCUGGCCUCGCUGGUCGGCAUCGCCGCCUACCGGCUCCAGAGAGACCCGGCCUCCACCGACUGCUCCAAGAGCGUGGUGCGGAGCCUGGACGUCACCCUCUUGCUGGGCAGCUCCUGCGGGCCCCUGAUGGUCUCCGUCUUCUCCCUGGUGGCCAUCUUCUUCCUGCACAUCAAUGGCAGCCUCCACCUCCUGGACCUCUGCUUCUCCCUCUGCAAGACCAUCCAAGUGCUGGGCCAGAACCUCUUCAUCACCGAAGCCCUUUACUCCAGGUCCACGCACCGGCCAGACGCUCCCGACAGCCCCCCGGGCAACGAAUGGGUCUUCUCCAUCUCCGGAGGCCCCGCCGAAGAGCCGGUCCUGCAGGACGUGGCUGCCCGCCGUGAGAGUGACUGCGCCAUCUGCCCGGCCGGCUGCCACACGCCAGCCAGGAUGGUGGCCCAGCUGGAGGAGCAGGUGCCGGGGUGCUGGCUGGCCUGCAGCAGCAGCAAUGACUCCCUUGCCAAGAUCUCCGCCGGGGGCCGGCAGUCUCGGCCCAGAGGGGAGCCGGAACGCGUCAGCAUCCGGAGGAAGAUCCUGCAGAACAUCUCCAUCCUCCUCAUCUUCUACAACAUCUCGGUGUGGAUCCUCUACGCCUACGGGACACGCCCGCACCUGGUGAGCCAGAUCGAGCAGGCCUUCUACGGCUUCACCCUCUGGGUCAUCAUCGUCAAGAUCUCCCUGCCGCUGGGCAUCUUCUACCGCAUGCACUCGGUGGCCAGCCUCUUCGAGGUGUACUGCAGAGCCUGCUGAGCGCCAGCCGGGGGCGGACCCAGCUCUGCUGGGCAGAGGCAGCGCCGGCAGGGGCGGCCUGGGGCAGGCGGGGACGACCGCCGCACAGAGAGUCGGUGUGGCACCUACACGCACGCACAAACACCCUCUGCUUUACACACACGCAUUCCCAUGCAUGCACACACAACGCUGGCUACGCAGACUCACACCCCAUCCGUCGCACAGAUCUGUGGGCACACAUACACACACAGACGCACCCCCUGUCCUUCAGACAUUGCACACACACCCCCCACUCAAACCCUACCAUUUAUACACAUGAACCCCCAUGUGUACACACAAACUAACACACGGUGCCAUGUGCGCACACACCCUCUGACUCGUGCGCACAGACACACAGUCUGAUACGUGUGCCCCUAACGUGACCCACCUGCACAGUUCUGCGUGUGAACCCAUCACAUUGCAAGGUACACGUACCCCCAACACUCUCCCAUAUACACACUGUAGUGUGCACCCGUCCCUCCCACGCACACGCUUCACACUAUCAAUAGUGAUUAAUCACACUGCUCAUCUAGAGAACUUUCCAUCUGCAGAUUUCAACACACUUUCAAAUCUGCCAGGAAUUUAGCCUCACAACUCCCGUGCAGCGUGGCUUUAUGUUAUACCCUCCUUAGACAGACAGGGAAACCGAGUCACGUCAUGUGACUUGCGGCAGAGAGGGGCUCACUAAAUCACCCCCUUUAUAUUGACUGCAGCUGAGACUCAGCUCUCCUAUGGCAUGAGAGACACCGCUGUUAUACUAAGCACCUGCUGUGUUUGUAGUCCGGCUCUACAAUCUUCUGGAUUAUUUUAAGGGGUGCAUAAUAGUGACUUUGUGUCUCUCCAGCUCUCUGCAUCCUGAGCGUUAGGAGUUGCACUAGACUGGAACCUGAAGGAGCUGGACUGAUUAAUUUCACACUGGAAAUGCAGCUGCCUCUGGGGUGGAACACAGCAGCCACUUCUGUACCUGCAGCUCCAAGCAACAGGCUUUAGGAGACAAAGAACACACCAGAUUAAUCCCUGAUCUAACUCCCCAGAGGUUAAUGAUUUAGACCGGGGCCCCUAAUUAUUUUUUAAUCAAUAUUUGUAGUGAGCAUCAUUCAGAGGAAAAUACCGAAAAAUAUCCCCUGGGAGGGGACUUAAUGGAAACGUCAUGAUUUUAUUUGAAUUAC